CCGCGCUUCACCGGGUGGAGAGGAGAGAGGAGAGGGAGGAAGCGGCUUCGUCUCCUCUCACCUGCACAGUGUCAACCUCAACUCCACCAAAACUACCUGCUCUGCGUUUUGUUUCCCCCCCUCUCUUUUUAUUUUUUGAGUUUCCCCUCUAACUCAAGACGGGAGAUGCACUCUGGACCAGCUGAAUUCUCUUCUCUCGAGGGCGAUAACUUCCAGGUUUCCCCGGAGGAUCUGUGACCUGUCAUCACCUCUCCCAGCGAGUGUGUGUAUCUGAGCACAGCGGCACUUCUGUCACUUCGUGCUUCGAGAGCCCCCUCAGCAGCCGCGAGAACCACCCAGGGACCACAGGCUGUAAGAUUAGAGUGAAGGAUGAGGUCAACGGUGGUGCUGCUGGCCCUGUUUCACGUUCUGGGCUUCACCACAAGUGUGUUGAGUCUCAACCCGGAUGACCCCAACGUCUGCAGCCACUGGGAGAGCUACGCUGUGACUGUCCAGGAAUCCUACGCUCACCCAUUUGACCAGAUCUAUUACACCAGAUGUACCGACAUCCUCAACUGGUUUAAAUGCACACGACACAGGAUCAGCUAUAAGACGGCUUACCGGCGGGGAGUGAGGACCAUGUAUAGGCGUCGCUCGCAGUGUUGCCCUGGUUACUUUGAGAGCGGAGACUUGUGCGUUCCUCUGUGUACAGAGGAGUGUUUCCACGGUCGCUGCGUGUCUCCUGAUACAUGCCAGUGCGAGCCUGGAUGGGGAGGACUGGACUGCUCCAGUGGCUGUGAGAGCGACUACUGGGGACCUCACUGCAGUAAUCGGUGCCAAUGCCAAAAUGGGGCUAAGUGCAACCCCAUCACAGGCGCCUGUGUCUGCACUGAUGGCUACCAGGGAUGGCGUUGUGAGGAGCCCUGUGAGCACGGUUACUAUGGCAAGAUGUGCCAGUUACCCUGCCAGUGUCUCAAUGGUGCCACCUGCAACCACGAGACAGGAGAGUGCAUCUGUGCACCGGGAUACACAGGGGCUUUCUGUGGAGAGCGAUGCCCCUCCGGUAGUCACGGGCCUCAGUGUGAACAGCGCUGCCCCUGUCAGAACGGAGGAACGUGUCACCACAUCACUGGAGAUUGUUCCUGCCCUGCUGGGUGGACGGGUUCAGUUUGUGCCCAGCCCUGCCCUCUUGGCAAGUACGGCAUCAACUGCAGCAAAGACUGUUCCUGCCGUAACGGCGGACUGUGUGACCACAUCACGGGGCAGUGCCAAUGUGCAGCUGGCUUCAGUGGACGCAGAUGUCAGGAGGACUGUCCCGUGGGCACCUAUGGUCCGCAAUGUAACCAGAGGUGUGAGUGUCAGAAUGGAGCCAAGUGUCAUCAUAUCAAUGGAGCUUGCCUGUGUGAAACAGGGUUUAAAGGCCCUAAUUGCCAAGAGAGAUUCUGUCCACCCGGCCUGUACGGUCUCAUCUGUGACAAGUACUGCCCCUGUAAUGCCACCAACACCGUGAGCUGCCAUCCGCUUUCUGGUGAAUGCACCUGCUCGGCCGGAUGGACAGGGCUUUACUGUAAUGAGAGCUGCCCGCCUGGAUACUACGGAGAGGGAUGCAUGCUGUCUUGCAGCUGUGCCAACGGAGCUGACUGUCAUCCUGUCACAGGCGCCUGUAUUUGUGCCCCUGGGUUCAUGGGUGAGGACUGUGCUACAGUGUGUCCCCCUGGUCUAUUUGGACCAAGCUGUAUGUCCACCUGCUCCUGCCAUAAUCACGCAUCCUGCUCUGCUGUCGAUGGCUCCUGCAUCUGCAGGGAAGGCUGGCAGGGUGUUGACUGCUCCAUCCUCUGCUCCAGCGGUAUGUGGGGUCUGGGCUGUAAUCAGACAUGCUUAUGUAGCAAUGGAGCUGCAUGUGACCCUAUAGAUGGCACCUGUACAUGUUCUCCAGGAUGGAGGGGAGAACAUUGUGACGACUCCUGCCCUGAUGGCACCUACGGACUGGAGUGUCGGGAGCGCUGUGACUGCAGCCAUGCUGACGGCUGUGAUCCAGUGAGCGGCUACUGUCGCUGCUACCCUGGAUGGACAGGAAUCCACUGUGAUAAUGUGUGCCCACAAGGCUUCUGGGGACCCAACUGUUCAGUCAGCUGCUCCUGUCAGAACGGAGGAUCCUGCUCUCCAGAGGACGGUACAUGUGUGUGCGCACCUGGAUACAGAGGAACCUCCUGCAAAAGAACCUGCUCUCCAGGGUUCUACGGCCACCGUUGCAGCCAGUCGUGUCCCCAGUGCGUCCACAGCACCGGGCCCUGCCAUCAUAUCACGGGCCACUGUGAGUGCCUGUCCGGCUUCUCUGGUUCCCUGUGCAACCAAGUGUGUCCGAGCGGCCGGUAUGGCAGAGCGUGCGCUGAGAUCUGCCUCUGCACCAACAACGGCACCUGCAACCCCAUUGACGGCUCCUGCCAGUGCUUCCCGGGCUGGAUAGGAGAUGAUUGCUCUCAGGCCUGUCCCUCUGGGCACUGGGGCCCUGAUUGUCUCAACUCGUGUAACUGUCACAACGGAGCCCAGUGCAGUGCCUAUGAUGGGGAGUGCAGGUGCAGCCCAGGCUGGACCGGUCUCUACUGCACACAGCGCUGUCCUUCAGGGUUCUACGGCAGAGACUGCUCCGAAGUCUGUCGCUGUCAAAACGGGGCAGAUUGUGAUCACAUCUCCGGCCAGUGUGCUUGCCGAACCGGCUUCACUGGAACGGGCUGCGAGCAGAAGUGUCCUGCUGGUACAUUUGGAUACGGCUGCCAGCAGCUGUGUGAGUGCCUGAACAAUGCUACCUGUGACUAUGUGACUGGAACAUGCUACUGCAGCCCUGGAUAUAAAGGCAUCCGUUGUGAUCAAGCAGCUCUGAUGAUGGAGGAGCUGAACCCGUACACUAAGAUCAGUCCAGCGAGAGGGUCGGAGCGCCAGUCUGCAGGGGCUGUCAUGGGCAUCAUCUUUCUCCUCCUCAUCAUCAUGGCCAUGCUAAGUCUCUUUGUGUGGUACAGACAGAGGCCGGACAAAGGCCAUGAGAUCCAGCCCAGUGUGUCCUACACACAGGCCAUGCACAUCACCAACACUGACUAUUCUCUGUCUGAGUGUGGCAGCACCGUUGCGAUGAGGACCAGCGCUCCAGAGAUCAGCCAGAGCCAGAACAGCAGCAGCAGCGGCCAGUGUUUCUCCAACCCCAGUUACCACACUGUGGCUCAGUGUAAUGUUGUCUCAACCAUUUCCAGCAACCUGGACGGCACUCUGACCCUCAAAUCAGGCACCCUGAAGAGCAGAAAUGGCUCUGAAUGGAGAGCUUACUGCAACCUCAAUGACCUAGAUGUUCAGCAGGGUGAGGCACAGACACAAAGGGGCACCAGAAAAGAUUACAUCAAGGGCUCCAUGUGCAGCAACAGCUCCUGCUCCCUGAAUAGUGAGAAUCCAUACGCCACCAUUAGAGACCCACCAGGGCUGGCUUGCAAGCACACAGAGAGCAGCUAUGUGGAGAUGAAAUCCCCCUCCCACCGUGAAGUGCCCUUUGGAGGCACUGCCACCCUCCUGGGCAGUGCGAGCAGGAAUGUCUAUGAUGUUGAGCCCACGGUGAGCGUCCUGCAGGGACCCAAUGGAAUGGCCACCGGCUUCUCCCAGAGCCCCUAUGACCUUCCCCGCAGCAGCCACAUCCCCAGCCACUAUGACAUACUGCCCAUGCGCCACAGCCCCACACACACCCCGCCACCCCCAGAAAGCCCCAGCUCCCUGCUCUAGAGGGCGCUCCCUCCGCCUGGCCCUGACAGCGUGCCGGCAACUUUGAGCCAACUUUCAAUCGACGGCCCUCCCUUUGUCUCCGUGUGUGUUUGAUUAGAUACUGAGAUGUUGAGAUGGAGGGACAGCCGCAGCUCCUCUGGACACUGCUCUCACUCGCACUCUUUCUGUAGCCCCGAAGGAGGGAGGGGAAGAAAGAGUGCCUCACUCAACAGUGACCAUUCACCCAUUUUAUUUUCUUAUAUAACUGAUCACUCAAACUGCUGCCUGGCCUCUUAAUGGACCUCCUGAAGUGGAAUGUCGUGGUUCCAAACAGUGCUUAGGGGCAGUAUAUAUGGGUUGGGUGGCCAGUUUAUUUACAGGGAGAGAGCUAUACUCGUGCUCAUUUUUAGCCCAUGAUAUAGGUUUACUAUUCAAGAGCAGCCAAGUGUUCAUAAUGUACCCCUAAACAGAGGUGAUUUUCCCCUCAAGAAGGAGCCAUCAUCAUGUCAAAGCAGGACAAGGUUUACGACAUCAGAGGUUCUGGAUUUUCACUGUGUGCAGCAGCUGCAGAUCACAGUACAGCUGACACGACGUACUUAUGAUCAUCUACUCAGAACUGAGGAGAAAGUAGAGAAUAUUUAAAACAUGGAAAGUGGGCCAAGUCUGAGAAAGCAUGGAUACAUAGUAAAAUAUUGUAAUGGUUCUUUAUUCACUGUUAUCCAGUAAUGAUCACACAGAUAAUGCUAAUGUGAUCCCUGUUUGUAACUAAAGAGCUUCUUUAAAUUUUAGUGUUCAUGAGGCCCAGUUUAUCUGGGAAUGUGUUCAGGUCACCAGUGUUCAUGCAUUUCUUGCAUUACUGAGAGUUACACACAUACAGUAAGUAUAAAGUUUGGAUUUUCCCCCACUCUAAUGAAGUGAUCUGAUCUUGUGUUGUUUUCUAUGUGAAAGCUUUUUUUUCUUGCAAAUGUCUUAGUUUACAUUUUUACAGUACUGGGUGUUAAGAAGGGAUUGCUUUGACCUUAUAUGUUUUGUAUUUAUAAAGCUAAUUACUUUAUUAUUUAUUAAUUUAUAUUAGUGAUGGUGUUUUUUUUAAUCAAUGUGACUCUAGAAUUAAAAAAAAGAUGAGCAUGAUCAGAUAAUGGAUACCCACUGUUGUAGAUAACACACAAUUUAUCUUCUUGUGAGAUUAUCAGUGUCAUUUUGUGAACUGUUUUUGAAGUCACUUAAAAUGUUCUCUCUCUCUCUGUUAAAUUGUAAAUUGAAAAUAAGAUUUCAUCUGACCAAUUUAAGACCCACAAAUAUCCUGUGCAGUAUUUAUAAAGGAAACCAUGUGUAUAAAGUCCAUUUCUAAAAUAUUUUAUGUUUGUAUCAGGCUAAUUAACUUCUUUAUUUAUUGAACUGAAUUUACUCAUUCACUAUGUGAAUUCCAUUUCACCCUCUGUAGAAGCAAUAACAUGUUGACAAUCGAUGCACAGACAGCGUUUCAUUAGUGCUGGACAUUAUUCCAUCUUUGACCAGUUUGGUGACAGUGGAUCAUACUUAAUGUGACUUUGUCCUCUGAGGAAGGUUUUUCUAGUUGCUGUCAUAUCAAAGCUGGUUGUUGUUUUUGGUACAUAAGUUUCAGAUUAAACACUUAUUCUGCCAUCCGAAA